CGUGGGGAGAGCGCCGGAGCCCAGGGGGAGGCGAUGCAUCGGCCCCGGCCUGGGGCGGGCACGGUGCCCCGGAGCGGGCGGGCAGGAAUCGGCCGAAGCGGCGUGCGAGGGAACAAAGCGUUGUCAGGCCUUGCCAGGCUGUGCAGGGAUCGCUCCGGUGCCGGCCGGCAGUGACAGAUAUUUCCGAUAUUUGGGCGCUUGUAAGGAGACAAGGCUGCAAUUUAUUUUUUUUGUGGUCUUAGGUAAUAUGAAGAUGGAGGACUAUGAAAUAUUCUGUAGGAAGCAUCUUUCCAGAAUCCAAGAAGAGGCAAUAAAAGGAGAAACCUCUUUGACUGCUCAGAACAAAAAUAUCUCCUUCAUUCAAUUCUAUGGCAUCCCUGUGCUUUCCCCUCUGCUUAGCCUUGAAAAGAAAAAGGAGAUACAGCAGUAUAAGGAGAAAGCACUGGACCUAGAGACCAGGAAACGGGAGUCCCGGAGAAAAACUUUAUUGAAUCGUGUUCAGGAGAUUGUAGAAAAUGUCCAGAUGAAGAAAGGACCCAGCAUGACUGAUGUGAACACAUCGGAGGCUGAGAGUUCUUGCCCUGAUUUGGAUUCAAAGGCUUUGACUGACUUAACAGCUCUAUCAGAUACCAAUUCAGCAUGUUCUCCUGAGAAGCAUGGUUCCAUGAACCUGGAAAAGACACCAGAACUUAGACCAUCAGAUACUGCAGGGCAAACGACAUCAAAUGUGACAGAAGUAGUUAAAGCAGCAGAAGAAAACGUUUCUUCAAAGCCAAGUAAGGGUCACUUCUCGGAAGCCGUGCCGUAUCCGAAGGCUGCAUCUUCUGACAAGGUGUGUAACAAGCUCCCAUCUCAUACUCUGCAGAAGCAGGAGGGACGAGUGGGGUCCCCAUCAGAUGAGGAUGUCCAAGAUCCAUGUGUAAUGAGUCUUCAGAAUCUGAUAAAGAAGUCUAGGGAGUACAUAGAGAAAGAGCAAAGCAAGCGUACCUCAAAAAGCAAUUCAAAGAGGAGUACGAGUGAAAGUCAUUCGGAUAAAGAAAAUGAUGGUGUUAAAACAACCGAGUCUGUGAAAGAUAGGGCAAAGUUUACAGGAAGAAGUUGCACAAGUGCUCAGGCACUUGAUAAACCCAGUCUUAAUAAAUCAAAUACCCUUCUCCAAGGUGCCUCUACUCAUACAAAUAACACAAAUAUGUCCACUUUAUCCAGUUUUUCUAAAGUUGACAUACCUAUGAGAGUUGGAACACCUCCUUUGGUGGAUUCAGAUUCAGAUGAGGAGAAAGAAUUGAAAAAGAAUUCUGUGUUUGAGCGUGACAGUAGCAUUGUGAGGAGCCUCACAGGCUCUUAUGCCAAAUUGCCAAGCCCAGAGCCAAGCAUGAGCCCUAAAAUGCACCGACGGCGCCCCAGACCUUUAUCCAUGGGACACAUCAUUAUAAACAACCCUGUGAAUGCUUAUGAGUUAAGUCCUAAAGGCAAGGGUAGAGCAAUGGAUUUAAUCAUGCAAGAUAUUGCUGAUAAAAACAAUGUAUCUGAAUCGGUGCCAAAGUUUAUGGUGGACUUCACCACGGUUUGCCCUGGCAGAAUUCCUGCUGUCAGCAGGAGUUCUUCAGGCCUUUGUGAUGGGUUGGGGGCUGGCAAACCAAAUCGCCAUUCCUUCGGGUUCUUUGAAAGCAGAGGAACAGUGUCGGCUACGGUGGAAGGACAGGUGGUGAUGGACAACAGAGGGCCCUUUAAAGUAGAGAGCAGUACUAGUAUGGCACCUCCAAAAGUGAAUGAGCCCUUUGGCAGCAGUCAGUCUGCAGUGGCACACAAGAUCCUGGCUGUGAAUGAAAUGAAGCCAUCUACUUUGCCAGAAAACACGAAAUGUAAUUCUCCAAUGGAACUCAAUAAAUCUUACGAUGUGGAAAAUCCAUCUCCACUACUAAUGCAGAGCAAGAAUGUGCGAGAGCAGAUGGAUAAUACUCCAAAUGUUUCUCCAGCAAAUGAGCAGUUCCCAGAAAAUUUUGAAAAGGUAAAACGUAGACUUGAUUUGGACACCGACAACUGCCAAAAAGAAAGCAGUUCCUGUGUUCUAGGAGUUGGAAUGGAAGAACAAGAGAAGCAGUGGCUGCAAGAACAGAAAUAUCCUGUGGGAUCAGUUUACAUUACCAAGAAUGCAGUCCUUGAAAAUAUGGCAAAAGAAGAUAUUUUAAAAAAUAAAAUGCUGGCCUUUGAAGAAAUGAGAAAGAGACUUGAAGAACAGCAUGCACAGCAACUGUCGAUUCUGAUAGCUGAACAAGAGAGAGAACAGGAGAAAUUACAGAAGGAACUGGAAGAGCAGGAGAGAAAGUUGAAAGGAAAGAAGGUUACUACAACGGAAAUAGAAAUUUCCAAAGUGAAUAUUAACAGUAGGAUGGAGUUGGAGUGGAGGAAAAAAAGUGAAAGUGGCUUGCUGGAAAGUGUGCAGUCUCAGCUGGAGACAGUCCAUAACACAAACUCCACCAGCAUUGGUUUUGCUCAUACAACACCCAGCACCUAUUCUUCAACAAGUGAAACUUCAUUCUAUCUCUGGGGACCAUCAGGUAGUGGAGUUAUAAAAACCUCAGUAUGCAGGCCAAGUAAUAGGAUCAAAACUAGGUGGACUCAGGUUUUCAGUCCAGAGAUACAAAUGAAGUUUGACAAGAUCACUGCAGUGGCAAAGGGAUUUCUCACCCGUAGGCUCCUGCAGACAGAAAAAUUGAAGCAUCUUAAGCAAACUGUAAAAGAUACUCUGGAGUUCAUAAAAACUUUUCAGUCUGAAGCCCCAUUGAAAAGAGGAAAUGUGUCAGCACAAGAUGCAUCCCUUCAUGAAAGAGUAAUGGCUCAGCUACGAGCUGCUCUGUAUGACAUCCAUGACAUCUUUUUCACAAUGGAGGCAUCGGAGAGAAUGAAUAUUCUGCGUCACGAUCGUGAAGUUCGUAAAGAGAAGAUGCUCAGGCAAAUGGAUAAAGUAAAGAGCCCAAGAGAACGAGUGCCACUUUCAACAGCUACACAGAAAUCUCUGGACAGGAAAAAGUUCAUGAAGGCUUCUGAAAUGGGAAUACCAAGUAAAAAAGUAAUCAUCAAACACAAAGCUCCUGAAAAUCGCAUACUUCAACCAAACCAAGGACAGAAUGCCCCAGUUCAUAGACUGCUUUGCAGACAAGGAACCCCUAAGGCCCCAGAGAAUGGGGUUGGGCAAAAUAGAAGGAAGGCCUCAGGGAGCAGAGUGUCUAACAAGUCUGUUUCAGGAGCAUAUGCAGGAAGAACCCAAAGAAAGAAGCAAAAUGUUGUGAUAAUUUAAGAAGACAACAUUCACUGGGAUAAAAUGUCUGUGUUUUAAUGAUGGCAUUCUCAGCACUGAUUUUUAAUAUUGCAUUUUCUUUACAUAUAUGUAUAUUUAGACAUUAUAAACCUACUUUGUCAUUUUCAAAUGACACAUUAACACAAUCAUAUUGAAGCUACUUUGAAGCUCUAAUGCUUGUGGGAAAACUGCAUGUUAGAACUUGUGUACAGACAAGUAUUAAUAUAUAAAAGAUUCCUAAUCUUGUUUAUUUAAAGACUACCACAGGGCAACAUGAAGGUAAUUUGUGACUUUUUCACACUUUCUAAUUCUAGUGUCUGACAUACUUUUUGCAUUACUUAAAUUGCAAUUAUUGUGUAUGAGUGCUACCAUAAGUCAGUCAUGGGUAUUUAGUUUCAUACCAUAAAGUUAAAGCACCUAAUGU